GCCGAUAUGAAGCAGAAGAUGGAAGGGGAGCUGGGCGCCUUGACAUGGGAGAUUCGUGACCUCAAGGAGGGCCGCGACAACAUGGGGAGGAGCGAUCUAGCAAAGUAGAUCGAGGAUCUGCUUAUGGAGAUGGAGGCUCUGCGCAAACGAAACGAGGAAACGGAGGAGAUCGCGAAGCUAUCGAGAAACGAGGCUUGGCGGCCCGGAAACAAGCGAGGUAGUAUCAAUGUAACUACACCGGCUACCGAAGGACGAACCGCUACUAGGACACGUAUCUCGGGGUCUUCGGAGGAAGCGAGGCGCCUGCGAGUGCAACUUUCGGACUUACAGGAACGAAGGAAGUUUGACCAAACUGAAGUGGACAUGUUGAAGGAGAGGAGGGCUUUGGUCGAAGCAAGGAGGAUCGAGGCCAAGAACGAGUUGGUUAGAUUACGGGAGCAGCUGGCGCGGCUGACGACGGAGCAAGCCGGAUGCAGCUCCCCUAAAGAGCGGGGCACGAACCUCAAAGAGAGGAUGGAAGAGGCGGCAAAAACUGGGUUUCAAUCCGACAAGAAGAGCAAGGUGAAGGCUACGCCCGGGAGAAUGGCUCGCCCCGACGACGGUAUCGCUAAGGCAAAGGAUCGUUUUGGGUUUCUUCAAGACGAGAGGAAAAGAUUGCGGGCUUUGAAGAAGGCUGGUUUGGAGCCGUUAUGCCAGGAAGCAGGUAUCAAAUACAAGACGAUGGACAUCUCUGUCGAGGAGGUGGCUCAUAUCAAUGCGGCAAAAAUGUUUGGUGAAGACAGCGGACCCAAGGAAGGCCGUCGCAACGAGCGCAGUCACGAUUGUCGUGUUGAUGUUGGUAUUGCGUGGGUGUAUUCCGUGGGCGGCGAAUUUUCGGACUUACCUGUUGACUAUGUUGAAAGAGGAGGGCGAGCUGUACCGAUGUCGAGGUCCAAUUGUGUACGUCCUCAUAUCUCCUUGGCAUAAACAUUGUUAUGUAGGUUCCACGGGGCGGUCUCUGGAUGUUAGGUGGUGCGAGCAUGUCUACCAGGCCUGCAAUGAAGGCGUUAUAGAUAG